UUUUCCCAUAUUCUUUCUUCCAUCGCAUUAGAGCCAGAAUUUUCGCACGUAUGUACGUUUCUCCUUCGCGAAUGAAUUCAAGAAUCGAGCCCCCGAUCUCUAGUCUUCUAGUCUUCAUGGUUCCCCUCGGGAACGACACCUCCGAUUGGACAACGGCGCCAGCCGGAAGCGGGCUGAAGCGGGCGAGCCGCCGCACGGGGCUUCCGCCAGGCCGUUUCCGCUUCCGUCCGCGAGGCAGCCGUGUCGUUUCACCAUUCCGAUCGGGUACGCGAGUUCCUUCGCCUCGCGAAGGAAACGUGCGGUGAGACAGCGAGACGAGUCCCGGCGCGGGACGAAGUAUUCGUGAAAGAAGAGGACGAGGAGGAAGCACGCGCGGUUCAGUUUACUUGCCGAAGCAACGUUCGAGUAUUCGAUUAUCUUCCCGUCCCAUCGGCGGUUUCUCUCCCCAUCGUUCGUCUAAAGGAGCGGUACAAUGACGGACAAUCAGUAUUCCAAUUACCAGCAACAGGGGUACAACCAGUACAGCCAGCCACCUCCCACGGCUGGCCAGGAUACGUCGUAUCCACCACCUUCGACCGGCGGCAGCUACAAUCAAUAUAGCCAGCCUCCUCCGAACGCCGGCACCAACUACGGCAGUUACAACAAUUACAGUUCUAACAGCGGCCAAGACUACAAUCAGCCGCAGAAUCAGAGCAGCUACGGCAGCCAAAACAGCUAUGGCAGUGGUGGCGGCAGCGGAGAUGGCAGUAAUAACUACGGCGGAAGUUAUGGGAACAGCGGGGGCGGCAGCGGAGGAUAUAAUCGCAACUCCGGUUCUUACAGCGGAGGCCAAGGAGGUGGCAGUGGAGGUGGCAGAUAUGGCGAUCGCGGCGGUUACGGAGAUCGCUCCGGUGGUGGUUACAACAGUGGCGGUGGCCGUGGUGGUUAUAACAAAGGGGGCUACAGUGAUCGUAACAGCGGUGGCGGUGACGGAAUGGUUACGCAAGAGGAUACUAUUUUUGUAUCCGGUAUGGAUCCAUCGAUCUCCGAGGAAGAAAUUUGUCAGCACUUCGGCGCGAUCGGCAUUAUCAAACAUGACAAGCGCACGGGCAAGCCGAAAGUUUGGAUGUAUAAAGACAAGAAUACAGGAAAGUCGAAGGGCGAGGCGACGGUCACGUAUGAUGAUCAGAAUGCUGCGCGCUCUGCCAUCAGUUGGUUUGACGGCAAGGACUUCAAGGGCAGCACGAUAAAGGUGCAAAUGGCUCAGCACAAAAGCAACUGGCAGAGUAACCGCAUGGGCGGUGGUCGCGGCGGCGGUGGCAGAGGCCGGGGCGGUAGUUUCGGCGGUCGUGGCGGAGGCGGCGAUCGCGAUGAUCAUCAUCGUGGAGGCGGUGGUGACGAUCGUCGCGACGGUGGUGGCCGUGGAGGCGACUGGAGAUGUCCCAACCCUGACUGCGGCAACACAAAUUUCGCAUGGCGGGAUCAGUGCAAUCUCUGCAAGAGCGCAAAACCGGAAGGCCUCGGCGGUUACGGCGGCAGCGGCGGCGGUGGCGGUGGCGGCGGCGGUAGAGGAGGUGGUGGUCGAGGUGGUGACCGCGGAAGCCGAGGAGGCUACAGAAACGAUCGAGGUGGACGUGGAGGUGACAGAGGUGGCAGAGGCGGCGGCGGCGGUGGCGGUUUCCGCGGUGGAGACCGGGGCGGCCGCGGAGGACGAGGCGGUCCCAUGAGGGGAGGAGGCGGUCGGGGCGACAGAGACCGGGACCGCCAGCGACCAUACUAAUUUCAUGUUCUUAAGAAACGUCGAUGGCCCAAGCCAGCUAUCAUUAAACAACUUGUACACAUAUUGUACACACUUUCAGCGCUUGUACAUUUCGCGGAGUGAAAGAAGUCACUCCCUUAUUCUAUGUAUGUGGCAUGUAUUUCUUACUGUCCUUUCUUUUCGCAUGAUCUUUUUAUAUUCAUCGGAACUACACAUCACAUAUGUACGUUAUAUUCGUAAAAGUAAAUAUCCCCAACUAUAGAUAAUAGAUAAGACUUUAAAUGUGCAAACAUCGAUCGAAUUGGUCGACUUAUUCAAUACCCGCUAUUCCACUUGAGAUUUGUGCUAAAUAAACAGUGAUUUGGGAAAAUUCGUUUAUUGAAAGUUGAAAAUAUAAUACACAGCUAAUUUAUAUUAUAUAUAUAUAUAUAUAUGUAUACAAAUCUGAUGGAGAAUUAUAACUCAGACAUGAGACCAAAAUAAAUUACGGCACGUCUUCGUCCGGUAGUCGGAUGUAAGAGAAGCCAAACCUCA